UUGUAAACAUGGCAUGGCGCGUUUAUGCGGCUUACUAACUGAAUACGAGCCGGUUUCUAAAGCGUGUUAUAAUAUAAAUAUAAUAUAAUAUUUGAGGUGAAAGAUGGAGAUGGAAACAGGAAGGCCGUAUUUUAUCGGUGAUAUCGGCUUCUGGUCGGAGAGGACAGAGGUCCACAAGGCUGCGUAUCACGGCCAGGUGUCCUAUUUGCAGAGUCUGAUCCAGAGUGGAGCUUCAGUGAAUGUCGUAGCUGUCGACUCCAUCACACCUCUCCAUGAGGCAGCUGUUCGAGGACAGACACAGUGUGUGAGGCUGCUGCUGGAUGCUGGAGCGCAGGUGGACGCGAGGAACGUGGACGGCAGCACUCCGCUGUGUGAGGCCUGUUCUGCUGGGAGUGCUGAAUGUGCGCGGAUCCUCCUCGAGUACGGGGCCAAGGUUAACUCCGCCCUUACCUCUCGCACCACUUCCCCGCUUCACGAGGCCUGCAUAGGAGGAAACGCUGAAUGUGCAAGGCUCUUGAUAGCAAAUGGAGCCAGUCUGGAAACCUACGAACUGUACAGCGGCACACCACUUCACGUAGCCUGCGCUAAGCAGCACCUGGAGUGUGUCAAGGUGCUCCUCAGGGCAGGAGCAAAAGUAAAUGCAGUCCGGCUGCACGAAACAGUGCUACACCAUGCAGCAAAGGCCAACAACGCAGAAAUGAUCAAGCUUCUAGUGGAGUUCGGGGCAAACAUCUACGCCAAAGAUAAGUACGAGAGGAAACCCAUCGACUACACCAGGCCUGACACACCAGCUGGUCUUUCUCUGCAACAUUACGAGAGUUGUCCUCUGUCUCUGCAGGAGCUGAGCCGUAUCGCGCUGAGGAAUGUCCUGGGCACCAGAGCGCCGCAAGUCAUCACCAAACUGGACCUUCCCAAUUUUAUCAUACGCUACCUCUCAUAUCUGUGAGAUACACAUAGACACACACACACUCAGGGCUGGCGUGACUCAGAGCUUCAGUACACCAACAAUAAGGUUAUAUUUCUUACCUGAACAUCUUUCCUUAUACUUAUUAUCUGAAUAUUAUUCAUAAGGACUCUUGGAGAUGCACUUGGUGCUUUAGAGGACGUCUUGGUCUUUGAAUGCACAAUCCAACCGCACUAUUAAAUAAAACAUUAGCUAUUGUAAAUAUCAGAGCAAAGCACUUUAGACAUCCUCAAAGCUGUUUAGUUGUGAAAGCCAGAGGACAGAGAAGUACGUGAUCGUACCAGCUGCCUGCACUCAGGAACUUCUCUGAACGCAAUAUACGAGGCUCAGAAGUGGCAGUACAUUAGUAACCUUGACUACAGCUGUGUAGCGCGAGCAACACUCCACCAGCCUGAAGCACAUUCUGGCAGCUUCAUCCGAAACUGGUCCACAGACCUACCUGACAGCAUGUUGUGUUGUCGCACGGCACGUCCGAGAAUGUAAACACACAAGGACCAAUGAUGUGCUCGGAGUGAAAGAUUGCAGGCCCGGUCACAUCUGCAUCCUUAUUUUAGUUAUAUCCACAUUCUCUCCAUAUCACAAUUCAGAAUCAGUGCUAUUGUGGUGUAUUUAGAUCGUUAUAUUUAACAAUUAUUCGCUGAAUAUUCGCAGGGUGAAUAUCAGUGGUUUAGUAUACAUACAAGACACUUUUUCCAUGGAAUAAAAACAUGUAUUCUGUUCCCUUCUCAUGGGUUUAUUGAUGGCAUGCAAUAUUCUUAUCAUACCGCUUAUCCUCCAUGUAUUAUGCCACUCUCCCCAAUGGAGAAUGAGCGUGCAGUGUUGUUAUUGUUGUCAAGACAGCAUGACGUGACGCGUCAGAGCUCAUGUAAAUAUCCAGUGACAAAACUUUUCUUUUUUUUAAAGAUUUUUUUUGGGCUUUUUUUCACCUUUAUUGGAUAGGACAGUGUAGAGACAGGACAGGAAACGAGCAGGAGAGAGAGACGGGGAGGGAUCGGGAAAUGACCUCGGGCCGGAAUCGAACCCGGGUCCCCGGAUUUAUGGUAUGGCGCCUUAGCUACCUGAGCCAUGACGCCCCCAGUGACAAAACUUUUCUGCUGUGCAUGCGCACAAUCAUUUCUUUGUCCGCCGGGAAAGAGAGACGACGAGGCUAAUCCAGCGCUACUGCUAGGAUUAGCUAUGCUAUAAUUAAGCACUAAAUAAAUAAACUAAAAACUGAAACCAAAGAUGCGUUGAACACCCAAAAGGCUACCAAAACUCCAUUAUAUAUUCUUUAUGCAUAUUUACAAGAGAAAAACAUAUCAACGGACAUCGAAAAACUGGAAAAGAGACACAUCGGAGAUAUAAAACUUCCGUGCUAGCGAGUGACUGUGGCAAUUUGUAAACAAACACGGCCGUCAGGUUUGCUUCGUUAAAAGCGGAAGAUUUUGAGAGAUUUGUGGCUGCCAGAAAUUUUCGCUCCGUUGUGUGUAGCUGUCGAUGUUGAUUUUAAAAGUAAUUCAGUAAAUUCAACUGGGAAAUGAGUACCGUGUUUUUCGGACUAUAAGUCGCACUUUUUUUCAUGGUUCAGCUAGCCAUGCGACUUAUACUCCGGUGCGACGUAUAUAUGGUUUUUUUUUUUCACCGCGGAAUAACUGGAGCUGAUGCUGAGUCUGACGACAGCCACGCAGAAGAAGAGGAAACGGCACUUCGUCUGCCGCUGGAAUUGGCAGAGUUGUUCAGAAGCGACACCGAGGAUGAGGAAUUCAAUGGAUUUGCUGAUUUGGAGUGAAAUCAUCAGCUUGAUAAACUUGAUUGACCUGUGUUUUAUUAUUAAUGAUAGGGCUAUAGUUAUUUAAAUAAGUUAUGUAAUGAUUUUAGGCAGUGCUUAAUUUGUGAAAUGGGAGGUCCCGGAACGCAGGAGGUGGGUGGGUCCGGCGACUCAAAAAAAAAAAAAAAAAGGUGGGGGGUGGUUUACUAUAACUUUACGCACACGCGCUUAUUGUGUGUGUAAAAAAAAAUAAUAAUAAUAUCAGACAUUAUUAUCUUAGAAAACGCUUUAGUGACGAACAGUUACAGACAGUAAUAUGUUGUGAUAUGUUAUAAAAUAUUAUUUUUAUUAGGCUAUAUAUUAAAUUAUAUAUUAAAUUUAUCUUCUAAAAUAACAGACUACUCAUAUCACAACCGGUUUAUUUCACCAUUGGAGAGCAGAUCACACAAGACAUGAGUUAAAUUACUCUUUUUAAGGAUUUAAGUAGGGGAUUUAAAAGCGGUUGUUUUUUUUUCACUAGACGGUUGUCUUUGGAGAUGAUAUACCUAUAGCCUACUUGACCUCUGAUUUAAUGAAAUAAAAUUCGACAAAAAUGAAGAAUGACUCUCCUCGAUGAUGACUACAGCUUUAAUAACACAGAUGAAAGAGCCAUGGGGCGAUAAUAAGCCCUACCGGUAAAAAUAUUCUAAAAGCAAACUGAUUAAUGCAUCAGUAAUAGGCUACUAAUAUUAGUUAUAAUAAUAAUAUAGGCUAUUAGUAAUAACGAUAGUGAUAGUAUUAAAGAUAGUAGUAGAUAUUUAAAAUAAUCAGACUAGGCUACUUACAGGGCAAAGGGUGCGUCAUCACUGCUCAGCUGUUCGUUUAUUAAAUAAACAAUGCAGUCGCGCAGUAACCACGCGCCGCUUAUCAGAUACAAUCACAGAUUCUAUGGAUAGAAUAACCCUUCAAAAAAGUGCGACUUAUAGUCCGGUGCGACGUAUAUAUGUUUUUUUCGUCUUCAUAAUGCAUUUUUUGGCUGAUGCGACUUAAACUCCGGAGCGACGUGUAGUCCGGAAAAUACGGUACUUAAGUCUGAGUGGAAAAUGCUGUGGUGAGCGUGAAGAAGAGGAGUCUGGAGACAGAAAUAUUAGUUUCUCAGUCGUUAGCCUGUGUUACUGAUUAACGUUACACCGGCUGGAAGGUGACUUCACUGUCGUGCCAACUUGCGGCUAAGCUAGCGUUGGCCUUUGAGAAUGCUGAUCUGCUGAUAUGAAGAGUAUGUAUGUGUAAUAGUAAUAAUAUUGUCUGGCUUUUUUUCGUGGUAUAUCAGAUAUAUUCCAUUCCGCUAGCAUGAUUUUGAAAUCAGGAGAGGAUGAUUAGUUUUCUAUUACAGCAGCUCUGACUGUAGUGCCAUGCGUCAUUCAGAUCACAGGUUUAUAUCCAUCCAUGUGCUCAUCUAAUGCAUUCACGUUUCUACAGGAAUAACAUUUAAACAAGAACAAUUGUCGAUAUGGUGAUGUUUUCUCCAAGGAGAUGUUUAUUUCACGUUUUUGGAAGGAGUCUCCAGUGUCAGCACUUUGCAACAGUUAGAGAUAAAACUAUAACUUAAAAAGCUGGAUUAUAUUUGCUUUUAAAUACAUGUACAUAUCUACAAGAUGGCAGCUGCAUUGAUCUUGCAGGUGUUCGGGGCAUUGCUUUUGCAGGUCCUGAGACAGGGACAUGAGGUGGGAAAGGGGUUUUUAGGUUGAAGGCGCAGAUAUUUUAAGCAGCAUGUAUGUUGCCUUCAUUGACUCGAGUCUCAUGGACAUUCCACAACAGUUUCACAGCAAGAAGGUUCUGGGUUCGAGCCCAGCGGCCGGCGAAGGCCUUUCUGUGCGGAGUUUGCAUGUUCUCCCCGUGUCCGCGUAGGUUUCCUCCGGGUGCUCCGGUUUCCCCCACAGUCCAAAGACAUGCAGGUUAGGUUAACUGGUGACUCUAAAUUGACCGUA